ACUGUUGAGCCUGGUUCAUGCAUGCCUGCUGGUUUUGAGUGGCAUCGACCCUCUUAAAUGAGUCUUCUUUUUGAAGUCUGGAGCCCUAUAUGGAUGAAAACUUUGUUUCAAGAGCCUUUGCCACCAUGGGAGAGCUUGUACUGAGUGUAAAAAUCAUUCGAAACAGGUUGACAGGAAUUCCAGCAGGCUAUUGCUUUGUAGAAUUUGCAGAUCUAGCUACUGCAGAGAAAUGUUUACACAAAAUCAAUGGAAAACCACUUCCUGGUGCUACACCGGCGAAGCGAUUUAAAUUGAAUUAUGCAACAUAUGGAAAACAGCCUGAUAACAGUCCAGAAUAUUCCCUUUUUGUUGGAGACCUGACUCCUGACGUGGAUGAUGGGAUGCUGUAUGAAUUUUUUGUUAAAGUUUAUCCAUCGUGUAGAGGUGGAAAAGUUGUUUUGGACCAGGCAGGAGUAUCCAAAGGUUACGGGUUUGUGAAAUUCACAGAUGAACUGGAACAGAAGAGAGCGCUGACAGAGUGUCAGGGAGCUGUGGGGUUGGGCUCUAAACCUGUACGCUUGAGUGUGGCUAUACCAAAAGCUAAUCGUGUGAAACCAAUGGAGUACAAUCAGAUGUACAACUAUAAUUACAACCAGUAUUACCAACAGUAUCACAACUACUACGCUCAGUGGGGGUACGACCAGAACACGGGCAGUUACAGCUACAGCUACCCCCAGUAUGGCUACACGCAGAGCACCAUGCAGACAUAUGAAGAAGUUGGUGAGGAUGCAUUGGAAGAUCCCACACCUCAUUUAGAUGUCCAUGAAGCAAACAAGCAGUUUAUGGAACAGAGUGAAGAGCUCUAUGAUGCCUUGAUGGACUGUCAUUGGCAGCCUUUGGACACUGUCUCAUCAGAGAUCCCAGCUGUGUUAUAGCCUCGUUGCUGAGGUGUCUGUGAGAUCCUCCCAGUGCGCUCCAGACUGUUACACUGCCCCGGAUCCUGCACUUGUGAGGGGUGGCCCUUUCCCCACCCAGGCCAGGUACUCAGAGUACAGGAGGACUGUGGCCUUUCCUGUAGAGAACAAGUAUUGUAGGAGCAUCACGGUAACCUUUAUUCAUGGUGAAAAUUAGAACUGCGACAGUUUUAUUCCUUUUGUCUUGAAAUGAACUCUUAAUACUUACUGGGAAUUGUAAUUUAUAAACUUUCAGCAAGAUGGCACAGGAGAGAGACUCUACUCCAUCGUACAAUAAAAAAGUUGGUCUUUUAAGUAAAAUUACCCUUUGCAAUUUGGUUCCUGCCCAUCUUUCUGCUUUGCUGCCCAUUCAACUGUCUUAAGUCGUUUGACCCAAGGCUCAUGAAUGUGUUAUUUCAAAAAAGAUCAUUUUUAGACACCACUAAAAUAUCUCAAGAUCUUUCCAGUGACUGGGUAAGGUUGCUGUAACUUGAGCAUGGGAUGAAAGCUUAUGUUGUGGUUAACUUAAGCUGUGAUCUUGAGCUUGCAAGUUUGAUAUUCUUAAGCAAUCAACCCAAAGAGCACGUUGGAGAGCAAAGGCAGAAAGGAGUGUUAUAAAGCUUUUACCUGGUGGUAUUUUGCACACCUGGCCUGCUUCUCCACCUGUGUAUGAGGAAAUAAUUCCCCAUGAACCAGCAGUUUAAAACACUUUUUCCAGCAACCAUAUUUAAAUGUCAUUUUGUGUAUCAUGCCUAUUUUUUUUUCAUUGUGGACACAGCAUGAUGGUCUCAUUGAGAUGAUGAGAUUUUGUAGUGUCUUCCACUGUCCAGUCAGAGUGAAACUUAAGAUCUUGCAGCAAAAACGGGUCAGAGCAAUUGCCAUGAUAUAUUGUGCAACAAAUGGUUGUUAACCUGGAAAGCAGUUUUUUACUGGAUGUUGUAUAAGCUGGAUGGACAAGCGAUAUAUUUAAACUGAUAUGUUGCAUUAGAGGUGAAAGUGAAAAUAAUAGCACUUAUAUACAUGUUAUAAGCCCUUUUUCAGGCUUUUGUGCCUUAAACUCUUGGAGAAAUAGGAACAGAGAAACUACCUGUAAUAAAUGUCUAUCCAGGGAAUAGUUUGGUAACUGAAAUUGCUACUGCAGAGCAUUUCCUACUGCAGUUGCCUCCCUGCCCAUGUUGAUGCAGAGAUUUACCAUAAAAUUUAAAUACUUUGAUAAAGUUACUUCUACUACACCUUUGUUUGUGUCCAUAAUUAUGACCUAUUUGUCAGUCUGUGGUCUCUUUUUUAUCAACUGGAAGUGGGAUGUGAGGGGAAUGGUGAUGUGACUGGAGUUGAGUUAUUCCUAAUGAGUGACUAGAGGAACUAGAGGACUGCUGGACUCCUGCGUUCUCAUCUGCUGUGAAUUUUCCUCAUGCUGUGCCCCUGACGUGCUGCUGUCUCACCUUCAGUUGCUCUGAAUGUAAGGAAAGGAAUGUUCCCUGCAUAUGCCAGGAGUUUCGGAAGCAGCAGAAGUGGAAGAGAGCAGAGCUUUAUAUCCUCUGAUAUAUCCACUCGCUCAAGACACCACCUCUUCUUGGGAAGUUCAGCAGAGUGACAUUGCAGAAAUUAUGUAAAGAAGGGCAUUUAAAACACUUUCUAGAUAAUUCUGUUACUAUGCUGCCCUGUAUGCCUGCCCUUCUAUUUUGGAGUUGUCUUUUCCUACCCCCCAUGAAUUUUGGCUUUUACAAUGUGGCAAUCCCAUUUUCCUCCGGGGGGUGAAGCUGCAUUUAUUUAUCAAUAUAAAUUUAUUCUGCUGUUCUCAUCUGCCUAGCA